CGGUCCUGCAGGGGGCAGUAAUGUGAUUGUGAAUGGCACGCUUCUCUGUUGAGUAGACUGUGGUGACUAUAUUUUACAGGAUUCUGAAAGCAUGUUGAUCUUCAGUAGUGUUUAAACUUUAUUUUGACCACGGUCCGCUGAUACACUAGCGCUGUUUAUGACUGGUUUAAAGUUUUAAAUUGGCGAAAAACAUGACUGCCAAUGAAGACCAGGAGAUGGAGUUGGAGGCUCUGCGCUCAAUCUAUGAAGGAGAUGACUGCUUUAAAGAGCUCAGCUCUGUUUCCUUCCAGUACAGGGUAGGAGAUCUAGAUGACACUAAAUCCUUCCUGCUGGAAGUGUCUUGGCCAGAGAACUAUCCUGAAACUGCACCGCACAUAUCAUUAGAUGCUUUUUUCAACAACAAAAUAUCGCUGGAGACAAAACGGUACAUUCUCUCCAAGAUGAGUGAACAGGUGGAAGCCAACCUUGGCACUGCCAUGGUGUACACGCUUUUUGAGUGGGCCAAAGAGAACCAGGAAACACUCAUGGAAAACCACCAGCCCGUGACAUCCGCUGUGACCUUGAUAUCCAACAGCGAUGUCAUGAAUAAUUCCACCUCUGUCAGUAAGAAGAAGAAGGAGAAGAAAGAGCAACUAACCAAAGCACAGAAGAGGAAACUAAUUGGAAGAACAGAUAAUAAGGGGGAACUACCAAGAGGUUGGAACUGGGUAGACGUUGUUAAGGGAUCUCAUCCAUAUGUUGCCAUGAUUUCUGUCCACCAAACAGCAUCUGAGCAGAACUGGAGGAAAAGAAGAAGAUUAGAGAGAUACUUGAGAAGGAAUGAUGGAUUAAAGUAGUGCCGGGUGAAUGUAUGGAUGAAGUGUGUGUCUGUGCACUUUUUUUAUUUUUAUUUCAAUUCACCUGAAGCUGCCACAGAGCCGAUUUGACUGAGUAGAAGCAGCUCUGCCGUCAUAAAGACACGUGUCCUCACAGCUGUCCUAAAUUAGCUGAGCCACAGAUGAACAUCAUGAGGCGUGUGAUAAGAAAAAUAACACAGGUUGAAAUGCUUGUAUUUUGGAAAUGGUAGAACAGUUGAGCGUCACUUAAUAAAGAUAACAUCAGUGUGAUGUGCAA